GUCUUCCAUUUCGCUGUCUUGUUCCCACUCAAACCCUAGACAAAAUUACUCUGCCCUUCUUCAAUUUCUCCCCCAAAUCUUGAUCUGUUCAUACCCUAAAUCCAUGUGCUCAUCUUUUUGAUUCACCUUCCGCUCCAAUUUUGUAUUUCGCUUUUCCGUUUUGUGCGUGCGUGUGGAAAAGCCUUUUUAGUAGAUGGCCGCGACAACAACCACUGCGGCGAGUAUAAGCGCCGGAGCUGGUGGUGGUGCUGGAGCUGAGGAUCGUGUUCUCGCGACGGCGCAACAGAUCGUGAAGAGUCUAAACACACCGAAAGAGGUCCGCGAAGAUAUGCUGCUCAUCUUCUCCAGUUUCGAUAACCGUCUGUCGAAUAUCAAAACGGUGAUGACCGACCAGAACGACGCUCUCCUUGCCCGAUUAGAAGCCGCCGAGACGGUUAUCCAUCGCUGGGACGGUGGCAACGAUUCCUCUCGUCACUCGUCUUCGUCUUCCGGUAACCACCGUUACUCUUCAUUUUCCCUUUCCUUCGACGAAUCUCCGGAGGAAGCUACGGAGUUUCUAUCAGCUGUCGAUGAGAUUAUCUCUCUCCUUGAGGAUCUCUCGUCUGAGAACAAGCCUGACAUGGUGGACCGAGCUGAUAGUGCUUUGCAGAUGGCUAUGUCUCAGCUUGAGGAUGAGUUUCGACGUAUUCUGAUCCGUAACACCGUUCCUCUCGACGCCGAGCGGCUCUACGGCUCGAUGCGGCGAGUUUCGUUAUCGUUUGCGGACGGAGACGUCGUCGAGGAUUUCGAGAAUUUCGGAUUGGUUGCUGAUGGAGAAGGUAGUGGUAGUGGGAGUAGGAGGAGGCUGUUCCAUGAGAGAGGAGGGAGCAUAGGGUGUGAUCUUUGGGUUGAUUUGAUUAACCCCACUGCUGUUGAAGAUUUGAAAGAGAUCGCGGAGAGGAUGAUCAGAGCUGGUUACGAGAAGGAGUGUGUUCAAGUGUAUAGCACUGUGAGGCGUGACGCGUUAGACGAGUGCUUGACGAUUCUUGGUGUGGAGAAGCUGAGUAUAGAAGAAGUGCAGAAGAUUGAUUGGAAGUCUAUGGACGAGAAGAUGAAGAAGUGGAUUCAAGCUGUGAAGAUCACUGUUAGGGUUCUUCUUGCUGGUGAAAGCAAGCUCUGCAACGAGAUUUUCACCGGUUCGGAGUCGAGCAAAGAGGUGUGUUUCAACGAGACGACUAAAAGCUGUGUGAUGCAGCUGUUGAAUUUCGGUGAGGCCGUGGCGAUAGGGAGGAGAUCGUCGGAGAAGCUGUUUAGGAUUCUUGAUAUGUAUGAUGCGUUGGCUAAUGUGUUGCAGAGCCUAGAGGUUAUGGUCACUGACAGUUUUGUGUUGAACGAGGCCAAAGGUGUGUUGGAAGCGUUAGGUGAUGCAGCGAGAGGGACUUUUGUUGAGUUUGAAAAUAACGUGAAGAACGAGACCUCGAAGAGACCGACGACGAACGGCGAGGUUCAUCCGAUGAUACGGUAUGUGAUGAACUACAUGAAACUGAUCGUGGAUUACGCGGCUACCUUAGAUUCGCUUCUGGAGAAGGAUGAAUUAGAUGGCUUAUCUGGGAAUGAUUGUUCAGAGGAGAUGUCUCCACUUGCUAAACGCAUGCUGAAGUUGAUUACGUCUUUAGAAUCAAACCUUGAAGAGAAGUCAAAGUUGUACGAAGAUGGUGGGUUGCAAUAUGUGUUCUUGAUGAACAACAUUUACUACGUUGUUCAGAAAGUGAAGGAUUCUGAGCUCGGUAAACUGUUAGGUGAUGAUUGGGUUAGAAAACGAAGAGGGCAGAUACGUCAGUACGCUACAGGUUACCUCAGGGCUUCAUGGAGCAAAGUGUUAUCUGCUUUAAGGGACGAAAGUAUGGGUGGGAGCUCAACUGGUAGCCCGAGUUACGGACAAAGAAGCAACAGUUCAAGUAGUGCCUCGAAGAUGGCGUUAAAGGAGAGAUUCAGAGGUUUUAACGCUAGUUUUGAAGAGUUGUACAGGCUUCAAACAGCUUGGAAGGUACCGGAUCCUCAACUUCGUGAAGAACUGAGAAUAUCUAUAUCGGAGAAAGUGAUUCCGGCUUACCGGGCUUUCUUUGGAAGGAACAAGAGUCAGUUAGAAGGUGGUAGGCAUGCGGGGAAGUACAUAAAGUACACACCAGAUGAUUUGGAGAGUUACUUACCAGACCUAUUCGAAGGAACUCAGUUGGUUAUUCACCCAAAAAGGAAAAGUACUUAAAGAGAAGGAGGACGUAUUGAAGAAUGGGCAGAGUGGCCAGGUAAUUUAUAUGUAAGUCAGAGGGUUUUAAGUUAUAUAUAUAUGUGAAAGUUGGACUUAUACCCUUUUUAUAUAUACUGUGUCAAAAAUUCUUAUGUACAUGUCUUUAAAAACAGAUAUCAUGUUAUGACCAUGGGGUUACCUUUUAUAUAAUGUACUAUGCUCUUGAAUCAAAUGGUCUUUUGCUCUGUUGAGA